UUGUCGUCUGUUGGGCAAGGACCGACUGUGUUUGGUAAAAGUUGGCGUCUUUGGUACUUGUUGAGCGCUGUUCGGUAUCUCCCCAAAGCUUCCCGAAUACCUUCCUUGGACCCUAGCAUGGGUGCAUGCUCAUCAAUGCUGACCAUCCGACCAACUUCGCUAAAACACUCCUUUGAACCAGUAACUCCAUCCCCAAUUACUUUAGCAAACAACGUCUUUUCUCCCACCUUUGACUUUCUCACUAUGGCGACCCCAUCCAUGCCCGCUCGUGGAAAUUGA